UUGAAAUAUCAUACAAACACAACAAGAACAAAAAAAAAACAAAUUUAAUAUAAAAUACAAUUAACGUUUACGUUUAAUUUAAUAAAAAUAAAAGAAAUAAACUGUUUGUUACAAAAUACCUAUAAUUGUAUAGAGUAACCUUUUUUUUUUGCAAGUAAAUAAUUGGGAAAAAAGGAUUAAACGAAACGCCUAUAAAGGAUUUAACUUUUAUUUAAUGGAUUAUUAAAAGUGUUCUAUUGAAAAAAAAAACGAAAAACGUAAAACGUGUUUUAAUAAAUACAAUUAAAACGCGUAAAUCAAUAAUUUUAAUUCUUUCUGUGCUCGAUUUUGGAUUACAAAACUUUGGUGGAAAAAAUGCUGUCAAUGAAAACUAUUGUUUUAAUUAGUAUAUCACUAGUGGGUUUAGCCAGUGUAUGUGCCCAAAUAGCGCCUGGAUCAAAUCAAUAUUUACCUCCCAAAAAGAAUGGUUAUGAUUACAAAGAGCCAGACACACCAUUCCCAAAACCACCAGGCCCACGCCCACCAGGUCCAGGACCUCGUCCCAGACCAAAUGGAGAACCCGGACCAGACCAUGUACACAUGCCCGGUAAUCCAUUUGACUUUGAAUAUGCUGUCAAUGAUAUUGAGACUGCCAACGAUUAUGCUCAUAAAGCUUCCAGUAAUGGCGAUGUUGUAACCGGUGAAUAUCGUGUACAAUUGCCCGAUGGACGCAUGCAAGUUGUGCGCUAUACAGCCGAUUGGAAGACUGGUUAUCAUGCAGAUGUCAGUUACGAAGGUGAACCUCAAUUCCCUCAGGGACCUGGUGGCAGACCAGGCUAUAAAUAUUAAACUCUACCACGUCUUCCCCGACACACUCUCUCUCUCUUACACUGCCUGUCACCAAUAACAACUCCCCCUCCUACUCCUCCUUAAACACUGCCACUUAAACAACUCAAUCAAUCUCAAUCUCAGUUAUUCUCUUCUCUCAUUUAGAGAAGAGAAUAAUGUUUAAUUAAAUGAAUAAAAAGAAAAAAAAAUAAUUAAGUUUUACACGUA